GUGGAGCUGAGAGGAGGAGGAGGAGGAGGAGGGAGACAGACAGAGAGAAACUUGUCUUGGGGAUUAAUAAGAGGCAGGAGGAGGGAGAGGUGCACACAGGGAAACAUCUGGACCAUGAAGGUGGCCUUCAGCUUGCUUCUCCCACUUGUUCUUGUGCUGAUCUCGGAGGUGAGCGGGCAGCGGAGGAAGCCUCCCCGGAAACCCACCCGCCCACCUCCUGAGUUCAUUGAACCCGUUGAGCCCACAGAGCUUCCCCCACCCCUCCCACCAGGUCCUCCCUCCAUCUUCCCUGACUGUCCCCGAGAAUGUUACUGCCCCCCAGACUUCCCCUCAGCUCUCUACUGUGACAGCCGCAACCUGCGGAAGGUCCCCAUCAUCCCGUCCCGCAUCCACUACCUCUACCUCCAGAACAACUUCAUUGACGACCUCCCAGAGGAGUCCUUCAGGAACGCCACGGGGCUGAAAUGGGUCAACCUAGACAACAAUCGCAUCCGGAAAGUAGACAGGCGGGUCCUGGAGAAGCUGGAAAACCUCAUCUUCCUCUAUAUGGAGAAGAACCAGCUCAAGGAGGUGCCUUCCUUCCUGCCACCCAACCUGGAGCAGCUGCGUCUGAGCAGGAACCAGAUCUCCAAGAUCCCUGCUGGAGUCUUCAACAAGCUGGAGAACCUGGUGCUCUUGGACCUGCACCACAACAAGCUAAGCGAUGGUGUCUUCAACAAAAACACAUUCAAGGGACUCAAGAACCUCAUGCAACUCAACCUUGCCCACAACAUCCUGAGGAAAAUGCCUCCUGGGGUACCCAGUGCCAUCCACCAGCUCUUCCUGGACAGGAACAAUAUUGAGGACAUCCCCAGUGACUACUUCAAAGAGUUCCCCAACCUGGCAUUCAUCCGGCUCAACUACAACCAGAUCUCUGACAAGGGGCUCCCCAAGAACUCCUUCAACCUCACCAACUUGCUGGUGUUGCACCUGGCCCACAACAAGCUCACCAACGUCCCUUUCAUCAGCCCCAAGCUGGAGCACCUCUACCUAAAUAAUAACUCCAUUGAAAAAAUCAACGGGACACAGAUCUGCCCCACCUCACUGAUGUCCAUCCAGGACUUCUCCCCCUCUGACCUGGAUAGCGUGCCCCGGCUCCGGUACCUGCGGCUGGAUGGGAACCUCCUGAAACCCCCCAUCCCCUUGGACCUGAUGAUGUGUUUCCGUCUCCUGCAGUCCGUGGUCUUCUAGCCCUGCCCAGCUUCUCCCAGGACUUGGCUUUGCACAGAGACUCAACCCCUGUCAGUGUUUGACACGUGGGACCCCCUUUGCCCUCCUCUCCCCCCACUCACACCCCAUUUCCAUCCCUCUUGUGUUUCCCCCUUUUCCUCC